AUGGGGACUCGGAGCUGCUUCCCAAAGGGCCUGCUGCUCUCAGCCUGCCUCCUGGCCCUCUGGCCACCCCACGGCUCCCGGGCAGCCCUCCGAAUCCAGAAGAUUCCAGAACAGCCUCAAAAGAACCAGGACCUUCUGCUGUCCCUCCAGGGUGUCCCCAACAGCUUCCAGGACUUCACCUGGUACCGGGGGGCGGAGGCCCACGGGGGGACGAUGCUCUUCACCUACAUCCCUGGGCUGCAGCGGCCCCAGCGGCACGGCAGCGCCCUGGGACAGCGCGACGUCGUGGGCUUCCCCAACGGCUCCAUGCUGCUGCGUCGCGCCCAGCCGUCGGACAGCGGCACCUACCAGGUGGCCGUGGCCAUCAACCCCGCCUGGACCAUGAGGGCCAAGACCGAGGUCCGGGUGGCCGAGAAGCCUCAGAAGCUGCCGGCCACGUCCCCGCCCUUGGACGCCGGGCUCCUGGCUGCCACCGUCAUCGGCUGUCUCUCCACCGGGCUCCUGCUGGCCGGCAGCCUGGCCUUCCUCCUGGUGACCCGAGGCUGCAGGGGCCCCAGGGCAACCACCUCAGGGAAGCCGGAGCCGGGCCCCCGCGGAGACACGGGUGACAACAAUGUGUACGAAGUGAUGCCUUCUCCAGUCCUCCUGGCGACCCCACUCAGUAACACGGGGCCCACGAGCGCAGCCUUGCCCCCGACCCUGCCUCUACCCUUGAGGCCCGAGCUGGAGGCCCACCAGUACCAGGACCUGCUGCACCCCGACUCCUCCCCUUACUGCCAGCUCGUGCCCAAGUCCUGA